CUUUGUUUCCAGGAGCGCGGUUACUUUGGUCUCGGGGAACCAGCGUGGUGCCGUGGCUAAGAGCGCGGGAUUGGGACCCCGGUGAUCCCGGUUCUAGGCCUCGCUUAGCCAGGGAGCCGACUGGGUGACUUCUCAGCCCAGCCUACCUCGCAGGGUUGUUGUGGGGAUGAGAUUGAGCGCAGGAGUUGGGGAGUGAUGGAAGCCGCUUUGAGAUGUUUAAAAGAAAAACGGCGGGAUAUAAAUCUAAUACAUGAAUUUCAGUUGGUGGGCUGAGAGCCGGCAGUGGCUGGCCAAGAAAGGGAUCUUGGGAUGGUGGGGGGGAUAGCUGGAUGGAAAUGUCGAUCCACUGUGUGGCUGCUGUGAAGAAGGCAAACUCCCCCUUGGGCAUAAUCAGGAAAGGGACCAAAAACGGGACUGCAAAAACCCCUUACACGAAGCCUUGGUGUGUCCGCAGUUAAAACACGGGGUACAAUUUUGGAGCCAGCAUCUGAAAUAGGAUACCAUUAAGUCGGAAAACGUUAAGAGAAGGGCAGCUCAGAUGAUCCGGGGAGCUGGAGGUACAACUAGGAGAACCUGGGAUUGUUCAGCUUAGCAAAAGGAUGAGAAAGGGGAGACACCAUAGAGGUGUUUAAAACAAUGCACGGGGUGGAGAAAGUGCAGAGGAAGACAUUUUUCUCCCUCUCUCAUAAUAUUAGAAUCCAAAGGGGUCAUUCAGUGAAGGUAAUGGGUGGGAGAUUCGGUACAGGUAAAAGAAAGGACUUCACACAGCAUGUAGUUAAUUUAUAAGUAGUUAAUGGAAUGUGCUGCUGCAAGAUGUAGUGAUGGCCACGCAUUCAGAGGGCUCUAAAGGGGACUGGACAAAUUCACGGAGAAGGCGAUCCAUGGCUACUCGUCCUGGUGGCAUAAUUGCUAGGCAACAUGGGUGGGGAGACAGCUGGUUAUCUGCUGCAUGUACAGAAUGCUGCACUAGAUGGACCUGUGGUCUGAUACAGCACAGUGUGAUGCAGGCUGGUUUGUUUACUGAUGAGCAGACUGAACUGUGCGCGGGUUGGUACAGCCGGAUUUGAUAGUGUGAAGCCUUCAGGCAAGGUUACGGAGCUCUUAGAGUUGGACACAUUGUGCCUUCCCAUUUGAGUGAAGCCAUGCUCAGUGGCAUCCCAAGGCGUGGCUUCUGCUACAGUGCACCCCUGCAGCAUCCUGAAGGAGGGGUUGGACUACUCCAUCACCCUGAGGGGCGGUUCUGUGUGCUGUAGCUAUUCAGCCAGACUGCCUUGGUCUUUACUGUGGAAGAACUAUAGAAAUCGUAAAUGGGACUGAAAGUCCAGGUGUUUGUGGGGUGUGUCCAAGAGGACAAAGAACGGAUGUCCACAAGAUCUGUCGGGAAUGUGUGGGAUCUCCGGAACGCUAUGAUUGGCUUUACCUUGGCUUUAUGGCAAUGCUGCCUUUGAUCUUGCAUUGGUUCUUUAUUGAAUGGUAUUCGGGGAAGAAGAGCUCCAGUGCUCUGUUUCAGCACAUCACGGCUUCAAUUGAAUGUGGUGUGGCAGCGAUUGUUACUCUGCUUGUGAGUGAGCCCAUGGGCUCCCUGCAUAUCCGCUCCUGCAAGGUGCUGAUGCUUUCCGACUGGUACACCAUGCUCUACAACCCUAGUCCUGAUUAUGUUACCACUAUUCACUGUACCCAUGAAGCAGUCUAUCCUCUCUACACCAUUGUAUUUAUCUACUAUGCCUUCUGUUUGGUGUUGAUGAUGCUCCUUCGGCCCCUUCUGGUCAAGAAGAUUGCUUGCGGGCUAGGAAAGUCAGAUCGAUUUAAGAGCAUUUAUGCAGCUCUUUACUUCUUCCCAAUCCUUACUGUGCUUCAGGCAGUUGGAGGUGGCUUGCUGUAUUACGCCUUCCCCUACAUCAUCAUCGUGCUGUCGCUUGUCACCUUGGUUGUGUAUCUAUCGGCAUCUGAAGUAGAAACAUUCAAGGAUCUCCUUGUCAGGAAGAAAAGACUUAUAGUUCUGUUUAGCCACUGGCUGCUACACGCCUAUGGAAUAAUCUCCAUUUCCAAGCUGAACAACGUUUACCAGGACUUGCCGCUGCUGGCUUUGGUGCCUGCACCUGCUCUCUUUUACUUGCUUACUGCCAAGUACACAGAACCCUCCCGGAUACUCUCUGAGGGAGCAAAUGGGCGUUGACUAUAACUGAUCUCAGUCUGGAUAAGUAGCGAUCCUCGAUGAUUGCAGCUACUUGGAUCCUUCCUCUUCAUUUUCUUUUAGGAAGGUGUCAUUUCCCUAUGGACCAACUUCCAGAUAAAGCAGGUUGACCUUCCAGGUUCAUCAUUACAGCCUUUUCAAGGCUGACUGUGGCCUCCAGAACAACGUGCGGAUGCUUAGUGCAUGAAAUGCCUUGACUGCUUUAUCAGCAGCAGGCAGUAAAGCCCCACUGGCUGGAAUUGUGAAGAAUCAGGGCCUCUCCCUUCUGUGAAAUAUGUGUACAGCAUACUUGAAAACUGAGUGUAACUUAUUUAUUUCACCAUACAGUGUUAAUCACAUCUUUCAUGAAGAAUAGGUGGUUGUUUCUGUCCAUAAUUCUUGCAGUCCCUUCAUUCCUAGACAAGAAGUUUGGGGAAAUGUAGCUAUUUAAAAAGAAAAAAAACCCCCACCCACUUAUCUGCAUACUCUUAUGAAUCGGAACAAGAAGACAUGGGCCCUACUCACGUCAGUCGGGCCUUCAUAAGAAAUGUGCUCUGUGAACCCAGAACCCAUCAACUUGUAGGUGACAAAUUCCCUCUCCCAUAAUGAACACCUUUCACCAAAUUCAUAUUUGUUAAGCAGCUGCAAAACUCUCCAGACACAAAUCUUUUAGGAGCUGAUCUAGCACCAAAGAUAACAGAGUGUGAGCAGAUGGCGGAUGCACCUGACCACACCUGUCUCUCUUAAACCUUUGCUAGACCACAGAUUCCAUUUCUCCAAGAUCCAGCCUGCGCGUUUCAAUUGCACUGUAUGUGAAUCUCCCAGUGGGUAGCUUAGAGCAAGCAUCUGUCUGGCCAAAUGGUCAGGAAAGGGCCUCUGCCUCCUGUCUAGGCAAACAUGCUCUGAGUAUAGGGCGUUCCCCCUGUGCUGCACCAGGUUGCCUUUCCACUGGGAUGGGCUUCCCCAAACUGUCCGGUACCAGAGCAGACUGUUGGCAAAUAGUUUUUCAUCUUCCUGCUAAUGUUGAUACUGGGAUCUUCAUGGCUCUCUCAGUAGAAGUUGCAGCUUGCUAGAAUUUUACAGUGCCUAUGUUUUUGUUUCAUCUUGUAUGCCUUCCCUUGCUCCCCCACUCUCUUUCCCAUUUUUAAAUAAACCUGUACAAUUUGGAA